AUGUCACUUCUGAAUCGGCUUAAUUCUCAUAAAAUAAAAAUUAAUCGAACGAAUGCAGCUCAAGCCAAAAUAAAUGAAACUUCUGCUAGAAACGAUAUGGAUCUAGGAAGUGCACAUUCUGGUGAGGAAGGGGAAGCGAUUGCAUUUCCGACCGUUAAGAAAGACAGAAUACUGGAACAAAGCGCUUCGGAAAAAAUCUAUCAUAAUAUUGUGGCGUGUGUUCGAAAAGGGACAAUGCAUGAAAAAGAUAUGUUAAAUCUUUUGAUCGAUUCGGACAUCACAUCUACAGUAGAACAUUUUUCUCGCAUUUUUAUGACAUAUGUAAAUGAGAAGGAACAAGAAGCUUGUCGAAUUUGGAUGGAGAUGUCUGGAGUUGAUGAAUUUGAUUUAAUAUCGAAGAAUAAGCGUCUGUGCGAGGAAAUCGAUCAAGAUGAAGAGGAAGAAAUCGAGGAAAUCGAUCACGAUGAAGAGGAAGAAAUCGAGGAAAUCAAUCACGAUGAAGAGGAAGAAACCGAGGAAGUCGAUCAAGAUGAAGAGGAAGAAAUCGAGGAAAUUGAUCAAGACGAGGAGGAGGAAAUCGACCAAGAUGAAGAGAAAAAAAUUGGUCAAGAUGAAGAGGAAGAAAUUGACAGAGAUAAACAUCUCAAAGAGAGUUUUUAUGUUAAUGCAUCUUUAAAGAAAGUGAACGGCCUUAAUGGCAUUAAUUGCAUUAAAAAAUCCGCGCAGGAUGAGAAUGGGCCAAAAAUCGAAGUUUCCCUAUAUUUCAUUGAGAAAAUAUUAAAUCGCUGCUUUGGGCGACUCCCUAAAGGGGAACCAAAUCUCCAGUUCUACCCAAUAAAAGUUGUUCAGUAUCUGAUAAAAAAUGACCUUCUACCGAACUCAAGGAUAGAAAAUGGUCUUAUGAAAGCUUUGAUCGAAAGGUGUGAUUGGGAGUCUAUAGCUUUACUCUUGCAAUUUGGUCGUGAUAUUCCAGAAAAAGAUCAAGUUUUUUUGCUUCAACAUCUGAUAACGUUAUCGAAAACAUCAAAAGUUGACGAGGGAUUUAAGAAAUUCACUGGAAUUAAUGACGGUGCCUCUUCAAAUUCGCCUCGUUCAUCACCGAUGUUACAAUAUUUUCUUCCAAAAUUAAUGUUAGCUAAACGUCAAAAUAAUUUGAUGCAAUUACAUAUGAAGCAAUUGAAAGUCGAUGAAUUACUUAUUUUAUUCGAGAUUUCAUGUACAUGGUUAGACGAAUACAUAAAUGGUAGUAAAGGCGAUAGCUCUAGAACUAUACAACUACAAAAUUCCGUUCCUAGUUUUUCUACGAUAAUUGAAUUCGUAACACUACUCGUUGACGCGCAUUUCUUGACUUUAAUACUCACCAACGAUCUCCAUUCAUCUCUUCAACGCCUAUCGAACUACACGAAUACAUCAGUGCAAAGAUGCGAGGAAAUUCGUUCAGCACAUCGUUCUGCCCGAAUUUUCUAUGAAAAGAACCAAGCUAUCGAACGACAACGCAAAGAACGAGAACAAAAUCAAAAUCCGAUAAGUAAAAAACAAAGAUUAAAUAACAAUCGGAUAAAUAAGGCUGGUGCUGUGACAAUUUUUGAUGAUCAAUACGUGCCGAAAUAUAGUAUUGAAAUGUUGAGGGUUUUUGAUGAUGCAUGGUGGAUGGAUGAUUCUGAUGAGGAAUGUUAA